CACAUCAUGUUGGAAUUUAUUUAUUUGGAGGUUCGCGGACUCCUUCGAGAGGAACUGCUUAGUAGUUAAACGAUAUCGGGAAGUGCAGAAUGUGAGAUUAAGGUAUUAACAUAAUCUACGGGAAUCAAUAUCAUUCGUCCUAGGGCUAUCGUCUGCGCCCUGUGGAUACCCUGGAAGAGCUGUCAGUCUUUGCGGUACUUUGUUGGCGACAGAUUGGCCAAAUGUUUGCAUCGAGCGCUACCUCUCCUUAUGUAUACUUUGUACUCAGCCUGGGAGCUGUCUGCGGAGGCGUCGUGAAGGGCGUAACUGGGUUCGGGAACGCUAUUAUCAACCUCCUUGUGUGGGUGGCCUUCACCGCUGCUGGCGUCAAUGCCGGUCCUCUGCAGCUAGCUGUGCUGGCCGACAGCUUCGGCUGCAUUGUUUGCGGCAUCCCGCUGCUCGUCAUGACCUCAGCGCACAAGACAGCCGAUUGGAGGCUUGUUAUAGCAAUCCUCAUUUUCGCGUCGGCAGGUUCACCUCUGGGCGCUGAACUUCUGACACACCUCGCCGUGCGGUGGGUGGAGCUAGCCAUGGCGUGUGUGCUACUGCUGGUUAUCUGUCUCCAAAUCAAGCUGCACGAGACGCUGCGCGACGCACUGCGCAGAUGGAGUGACAAACGCAGGUCCAUCAGCACCCGCCCCAGAGACCUGCCUGCUGAUACCGCUCCCGACAUACAGGACCCGGCAGUUGACUCCAUAGCCAAGUUGCUCUCGGAUCGGCAAGGAGACCGCUUCCACAUGCCGGCACCCGCUUCCGCAGAUGAUGCUGGCGAUCUGCUGGCGAGCUCGUCGUCCAGUGAACGCCACCGACAUGUGGAUGGGGGGCAGCAACAGCUGGAGCUGCCGGGCCAUGGGCGCGAGGCCGGCAAUGUGGAAGCCGGAGGGACCGUUAGUGGCCCUGUCAGCGCGGCAACGGACACGCAGCCUCUGUUGGAACCGGGCAGCUUUUCGGCGUCCGAUGCGAUUAGCGUGGAUGCGUCUCUCCGAGCCAGCAGCGAUGCGGGAUGCUGGUCAAAAUGUAGCGUUUCCGGCAGGGUUUUAGGCCCUGACCAGGGUUUCUUCGCGAUUGGCUCCCGGCUGCGGUGCUGGCUUCAGCGGCAGGACUGGAAGGAGGCCCAGCGGAUCCUUUUGUACGGCAGUGUGGCGGGCUUCAGCAGCGGCGUCAUGGGCGCGAUGACCGGCAUAGGUGGUCCUCCACUCAUGUUUAUGUACCAAAAGCUCAACGUGGCGAAAGAAGUCGUGCGCGGGACAAAUGCUGUCAACAACGUGCUGCAGGCUCGCCUCAUCAGCUACAUCGUCAUGGGUGCGUUCAAACGCGAAGACAUGAUGCUGUAUGCGGUGACAGCGGCCGUGGGCUUCAUGGGCGUGGUUUUGGGCAACAGCAUGGCUGGUCGGCUGGAACAGAAGGGCUUCAGUCGUGUGCUGGUUGCACUCAUGGUCGUUUGCUGCCUGCUGCUGUUCGCCUCCGCAGCUGGCUUGAAAGGGCGUUCCGCCUAG